AAAGCUUUCAGUCAGGGAUCGAUUGGCAACUUUUUCUACGUCAACUUCAUGAUAAGUGAAUUUUCCUACCUGAACAUCUCCAGUAUUGGUCGGAAUCUUAUUCAAGAAGAAAACGAUUGUGGCUACGCCUGUUUAGAAAUUCCUUCAUGUUUUUCCUACAAUGUGGCUGCCUUCCCUGAUGUCAACGGCAAACUUCUGUGCGAACUCCUGCCAUCGGACAAGUUUAACAACUCGGACAAGUUCAACGCCAGCAAAGAGUUUCAUCACUUUUAUAUUCCGGUAAGUCAAACUUCUAAUUAAUCAAAAAUGUUCCUUCUGGGGAAAAUAAAAAGUUUCUUCUUGUUUGUUUGUGUGAUUAUUUUCUUUUGACUCUCGCUAGUUUCGAAAGUUAGAAUUUGUAAAUCAAAAUGUAUCUCUUCGCUUGGAAAAUCUUGAAUGCAGUGGAUUACGUUGUGCUUCAAAUGCAAAGGAAUUGGCUAAUGAGUUUGGAUAAAAAAAACCUUAUAAAAGUUUUACAACUAAGUUAAACCUUUCAACUCUUAAUUUAAACAUCUGCUGAUGCCCAAACAUACUUGAUGAAAUCGAUAUAUUUAUGUUCGAAUGUCCUAAACGUUAGUGAGGGGAGAGUUGCUGACAAAGGUCUCGACUGAAAUAUUUUCCGACAAAAAGCGUUUAGCUCGUAAAACACAUUUGUCAUAUCAUGAAUUUUGCUUAUUACUAGUUUGCAUACUUGGCUUGCCUUAAAAGUUACAGAAACGUUUUAAUACUCCUAUUUUAGGCUAAUCUUUUGCCAGCUAGACUAUAUCAGCACAACGCCUUGAAAUUCGGUAGCAUCUCUGCAAAUUUCUGGGUAAAUGAAACAGCGUUGACUUUCAAAACCUCACUAAAAACUCAACUGAGCAAAUCCAGCGGGGAGUGCAAGAGAUAAAAAUGUAUAUUGCUUGCCGUCCUUAAUUAUAUCGAUGUCAUUUAAGCAUCGACAUGUAUGUCAAAUUCGUUGCUUUUUGAAUCCACAAAACAAAGCGAAAGGGAAACAAAAAAAUUUAAUCCCAACUUUUGUAGGUUUACAGUAAGCUGAAUUUAAUCCACAGUUCUUCUCGUUGAAGUAGUUAUAACAUCAUAUAGUGAAGACAAUGAAUGUCUAUAGUUUUCGUACUGAAAGUUAACUGAGGCCCCGAAACUUUCUCUCUGUCUAGUGCUUUUCUUGUUCUGUUUGGACAUUACUAUGGCAACACAAAGUACCUAACCUGUUAACCUAUGGGAACAUUCAACUGAGGGAAUUCGUAUCCAUUAAACGUUCCUGGCAAUAAAUGAAUUUAAACGAGUAAACUGCCUUGUCGAACGAUUUUUUUUGUAUCGAGUUCUUCGUUCUUUUUCACAAAAGCGAGCCACUUUGAUCCUCAUGUUUGGCUGAUUCAAUGGGAUAUUGCCAUAGCAACGCACAUUUAAAGAUAGGACUGCCACCUGUAACUGAUGAACCGUUCGUGUUUUGUUAUUAUGAAAAAAGCAGCUUUUGUUAUUGUGUCGCAAGAAAUACAUGUUACUAGCGGUAGAAGUGCUACACUAUGAAAAAGCAAGCAUCAAAUUUUCUAAAAAACGGAGACAAUAAUUAAGGGACUUAUCAAAGUCUGCUUUACAUUUGUUAGAGCUGCGCAAAAUUCCCGUCACUUGAUCUCAUUUUAUUAUUUCCAAUUUUCUUUUUACCUUUUUUUUCUUCGUCCUUAUUUCGAGAAACACCUCGAUUUUUGUAGCCUGUUAUAUAGGCUCCGAGAUAGUAGUGCAGCGGGGGCAGGGACAGAGGGGACCAUUUUUUUUUUCCACCGCUAUCCCCUUUCCUAGAUCGCGUGCGUCUUAUUUUUAAAUAGGUUUGGUCCUUUUAUCUUACCGAGACGUCCCUACUCUGAGAUCCUACUCAGUAUAUCCGUAAGUUCAAUAUGGAUGAUUGAAAACAAGCUUAAAAUUUCGAAUUAAUUAGGUUUGCACAAAAUCUAGUUAUUAGUAGAUUUCUUGAUGAGUUAGUACACAACUUACAAUUUGUUACCCCCACUUUUUAAAACAACUUAACCAAAUUUUAACAGUAUUUAAUUUUUUUUUAAGAAAAUAAGACAAAAAGUAAGCAUGUUCAACAGUUAAGCACUCGUACUUUUUGUUCACUUAUUGGCUGCAUAUCUCCUCCUGAUAAAAAUGUUAACAUUCUUUCAUUUAGUACUUCUAAAGAACCUGUGUUUAGCCUCCUUAAAAGCACACUGAAAGUCAGGACGAAAGAAUUGUGCCCGAAAAAGGCGUUUUAAUUCUUACUGCAAGAAAAUGCAAUUUAAUUGGACAAAUAAAUUUACAAAGUAUAUUAGAAAUAUAAGAUGGAAUUUCAUUAGAAUUCAUAGAAAAACGCAGAAAAAAUGCAUUUAAAAGAUAUCCUGACCAGAUAGGAAAGAAGCCAAGCAGUGGCUCUUAAUGCCAUCGUCAGGCUACUCGCCGAUAUAAUUAUAUCUGCAGCCUGUUCAUCCUACAAAAGCUGUGUCAGAAGAAUGCAUUGACCAGAAGCAACUAGCUGAGAAUACAGGCUGUGAACUCACUCACUGCGGCAAUUAACGCAGGCAUUAGAUAUAGCUUCUGUUUUCGUUCAGCAAAACCAGCCGGCGGCUCCCUGAAAUAAUUUGAUGAACAAGCGAGUUAAAUUUAUAUAAUUACACCAGCUUACCAGCUGCUCUAUUGUGGUAAUUGAUUACAGUGGAACCCCGCCAUACGACCACCCCGUUAAUACGACCAGCCCGUUAUUGCGACCACUUUUUUGUGGCCCGAACAAAAGCCCACUCAUUUUCUUAUCUGAAAACCCCGUUAAUCCGACCACCCCGUUAUUACGACCAAAGACCAGCUUUGGGAGUCCUGAGUCGUUAUUUUCUUUAUAAAAUUACCCCGUUAAUACGACCAUUCAAAAUGCUUGGUGGGGCUGCUGAAUGAAAACAGACACAAUCUGACAAAUAAUAACCCAUUACUAAUAUUUUAUUGAAUGUUUUCAGGCAAAGGUGUUAGUGGUUAGCAUGACAUCCGGUAAAUUGCUGUGUGCAGUAAAAAGGAUGCAUGAAUAAAUAAUACAAAAGAUCUGAGAGACUUCACUUUGCAGCCUUUCCAGGCUCUCAAAGUUAUAUUGCCUUCUUGUUUCUGCUGCCUUCCACUGAGGCUUUUCUCUUCAAGUCCAUUUCCUUUUCUUUUCUCCCAGAACUUUGAACUUUGUAAUAAUUGUGUUUUAAGCUACAAUAUAGAAAACGGCUCUUCGAGACAAAUCACAAGCCCUUUCCUUUCAUAACAAGGAACUGAAAGAAGUCAGUGUUUUUUCUCAUUACUCGGUUUCGUUUACUGUUACAUUGUUCAGUUGCAUUGAAUUGCGGUUGUAAGGUUGUUACUUCACUUAAAAAAAGGUUGAUUUAUAACGGAUUAAAGGUAUACAUGUAGUAGAAUGUAGUUUAAAAGCAUUUUGUACCAUAAUUUGACCCUACCCCGCUAAUACGACCAAAUUUCCAUGGCCCGAAAGUGGUCGUAUUAACGGGGUUCCACUGUACAAACAAGAAUUUGCAAAAAGACACUGACCAGAACCGUACAGUACGUGAAUACAAUCAUUUUGGCUACCAUCACAUUAAGGCCCUAACAUAGUCCAGGGUAUAGUUAACUGCAGUUUUACGUCCAAGUCAUUGCAGUUGAGAUAAAUAUGAUUACAGUAACCUCGUUGUUUUGUCAACUAGACCUCUUUAGCUUGCAUGUUUUGUUUUCCAAUAUAGGUCAUGUGAAAAUACCCCAAAAAAGUGCUUCUGUCAAAUUUUGUCUGAUUCAUGUGCAAAGGGGGAUCAAAUUCCCCUAGGACCUUUAUUCGGAAAACAAAACAUACAAACAAGAGCCACUUGAUACAAACUAAAAGAGGUCUUUUAAAAGUGGGUGUCAUUUACGUACCUGUAACACCAACAGGGGUUGCUGUUGCAAUAACCUUUUCUUAUAAGUAUUCUGUUUAACCAUUAUAUAGUGGAUGAAAAACUGGUAACCCAUGAUAUCACCUGACUCUUGCUUAAAGAACUGUCUUCUGUAGACCGGGAAAUAACCAGCUAAUAAGCGCGUUUUUUGGCAAAGCUUAAGAAAUAGAGCUUGUAGUUCUAACAAUAGAUCAUAAACAGGGCCCAGCUGUUCGAAGGCCGAUUAGCACUUAACCCGGGGUUAAAUUUAAUCCGCGUUUCUUUUUCUUAUGUUCAAAAGUAUUUUCUAGACAUUUUUUUCUGUUAUGUUUAGAGCUUCCAAUCAUCAACAUGUAGACAGAAAGAAUUAAAACUGAAAUGCUUUUUAAGCUUUCAAAUCAAAUCUCGCACUAACCCUGGGUUUUCUUCACCCAGCUUUGAACAACUCGGCCCAGGAGAUUAUGCCUUAGAGGAAUUCCUCUUGUGGAUCUGUGGAUCUUGAACGGGCCAUAAAAUUUGUGUAAAGAAUAAUGGUUCAGUCAAUUCCAAGCGCGCGCAUCUACCGGCCCGCCCUUUUAGGCAUGGCUCUCGGGAGGUAGUAAUGAUAACACGAAGAUAAUUCGCUUUAGAGAAAUUAUGUUAACAGGAACUAAAAGGGUAUAUAAACAUUGGGUAACCUCUACAUUGUCAGCCGUAUCAGUCAAAAGUAGCGAUUGCAACCGCCGCCAAAAAGUUGGAUUUGUACGGGAAAAACAACUCUUGUCAUCCAGUCACGGUUGACUGGUUUUCCAUAGAAAUCCUUGUUUUAUUUUCCUGAAAUCUUUCACUUUCACAUUAUAGUACUUAUAACUAAAAUAUUUUUACGACAAAAUAAUUUCUUGGACUUGUAUGGAAAACCACUCAACCGUGAUUGGGUGAGAGAGUUGCUUUUCCCACACAAAUCCCUCUAAUUUUCGGCGGUUAUUACAAUCGCUACUUUUGAGAUAUAAGGCUGAAAAUGUACAGAUUACCUAAUCGGUUUAGAAUUUUGCUCUCUCCAACGCGAAUCAUCUUCGUGUCUACGGAAAGUUGACCACGUGACCAACUAUUGCAAAUGUUCCAUUCCACUCUUUUCAUUUGUUUCAUGAAUUACUAAUGAGUCAUCGACCAAUAAUAAAAAGUAGUUAAGGCUCUAAUGUGACUGCAACCGAUAAUUAAGUUUGUUUAGAAAAAAAGCCUUUCACUGUCUGCGUGCGAACUGGUCCAUCGACCUAGUUAAAUAAAAAAAUCCAGAUAAGACAGUUGGUCAUAAUUGAUGACACCUUUUGGAUCAUCUUUACCCGCACAGUCAGCACUGAAACAAUAGGACGUCAAACGCACAGCUGAAAACUAAGAUCGAUCAAGGAGGUGGUAGCUCUGUAAAAGCCGAAAUUAUAAUCCUAGUUUCUCUUCCUUUUUUUUAAUAUUGUUCUUUUUUUCUUUUUAGAUUCAGUGGGUGGUUUCUUUACCACUUUCAAUUCGUUUAUUUUCUCUCUGCUGGAUAAUGAAGGGCUCGCACCGUUUAAAAGCAUGGUUUCAAGACCAGAACGUGCUAUUUAUUGUUCCUCAAAGCGCGGUCCACAAUUUGGUGGUUAUCUUGGCAUACGCAUUGCCGAUAAUGCCAAUCAGAAUAAUAAAUCCCGGGCUAUAUUAGCAAUCUCUUACUCUCCACCAAAUGGAGUUACAGACAGUUCAACAAUCCUGGCUGGAACCCGUUUCUUUUCACCUGACGAAGUUGAGGUAUUUUAUCUCGCUUAA